AUGCGCCCUCCUUCGUUCCUCUCUUCGUCCUCGUCUUUAACCGUUGCUACAACGAACCAGCUGAAGACCAUCACUUUCACCUCUAGUACUGUCCAAGACGCGGACGCCGUUGACGCCUCGACGCACGCAGUCCUCUACACGAUCCGUACCUCCCAGUUGGAAGACACGCACGGAACAUGCCCCACGUCCACGACGAUAAUCACGGACGCCGCAGGGGAAGAAGUCGCAAUGUGGACGUGGACACCAGCGCAUGGAGCCGGACACGAGUCCGAGCGGUUGACGGUGCGAGGGGAAGCGGUGGGCUUGCCGAAGCCGCUGCUUCCAAACGCGCGGGUCUCGUUCCCGAUUCUCGGACCGGACCGACUGUGGUACAUCUGGAAGCAGCGUGCCAGGACAUCGUCGCUCAAGCUCAAGCUCGUGCCCUUUGAGUCACGUUCACAUCCGACCUCGACGACAUCCGUGCGGACCGCAGCGAAAGCCCACCACGCGAAGUCGCACGGCCGGCCGUUGAGUGUCGAUAUCUUCGAUUCCGCCGGGCACGCAGCCGGGGCGGACAUGGACAUCCUGGUUACGACAUUCGUCGUCUGGAUCCCAACCCCAGACACACCCCCUGCCCGGCUUUCUGCACGCUUCCAAUGA